UUGCUGUUGCAACAAAACUACACCGGAAGAUAGGCUUCUUGCAGUCUCUGAUUUCAGAAGCCUGAACAAAUGGCAUCACCCAGCGUCACAUUCCUCGCCUUCUUCGUCGCCCUCGCACUCUCGGCGCUUCACACUGACGCAGCAGCAGAGACCUUGCGCCAUAGGAGCAAGACAUGGUGCGUGGCGAAACCGUCGGCGGAGGACGCCGCGCUGCGGGGGAACCUGGAGUUCGCCUGCUCCGAGAGCGAUUGCGGCGCCAUCCAGGGCACCGGCGGCUGUGCCCGGCCAGACGACAACAGCCUGCUGUCGCGGGCGUCGGUGGCCAUGAACGCCUACUACCAGGCCCGGGGCAGGAACUCGUGGAACUGCUUCUUCAACGGCACCGGCCUCAUCACCAUCACUGACCCCAGUCUUGGUGCCUGCAAAUAUGCUUGAGAUGGAUGCAUCAAUGCAUGGGUGGAAGAGGGGCUGCCGCGCCGCUGAAGGAUGGAUCUGAAUAAGA